CAGCUCGGCGCAGCUGCCGCUCCUCCUGGCAGGCGCAGCGGUGCCGGCGGUUCUGCGCAGAGACCAUCUAGCAUGCUCCUCCAGCCGGGCCGUUCAGCUGGCGCCAGCGGCAGCCGUUCGAUCCCAGGGACGCCGGGCUGACCUCGCACCAGCCGGGCAUCGCCUCUGCAGAGCAGAAGCCGGGUCGGGCUUUGGACACCUCUUCCUCUGCCUGCAUACUUAUGAAGAGUCAGUGCUGGGCACUAAGUGCAGCUCAGCCCAACCCAGCUGAUGUGUAUGAAUUUCUUCUGUGUUAAAGUUGGGCCAGAACCAGUUUCAAGGCAGCUGAACGAAGAACCGACCUUCCUUUCUCCAGUGUGUUGGGAUCUUUACAGCAGCUCAUGCCGCAGCGCCUCGCCUAUUCCACCCGAACUGCCUGCGCCGCUGGCUUGGACCUAACCUAGGCUAAAUCUCCGUGUGGCCUGGGUAGGGGGCGGCCAUGGGGAGCUCUGCCUCGUCGCUGGCCGCAGAGACCGAGUCGGACCAUGGCUUCACUAGCCCACCCUACCCGGGGCACCCAGCCGUGGGCUGGUAUAGGAGUAGUCACAGUGGUCCUGUUUGGGAAAGUGCCCUUAUAACGCGGCAGCAUCAGCACUUACACCACCGGGUGCGAAGCAACUCCCACUCUCCCGGCUCCAUGGCUGCUGUGCGCGAGUGGUCCUGCACCCGCUGCACCUUCCUGAACCCCGUGGGCCAGCGGCAGUGCUCCAUAUGCGAAGCCCCUCGCCAGAAGCCAGACCUCAACCACAUCCUGCGGCUGAGCGUGGAGGAGCAGAAAUGGGCCUGUGCCCGCUGCACCUUCAGGAACUUUCUGGGCAAAGAAACCUGCGAGGUGUGCGGCUUCACACCGGAGCCGGGGCCCAGCGGCUCCCCCUUGCCUGUCAUCAAUGGCAUCUUGCCCAAGCCCACCGUGCUUGUGGAGCCCAAGGGCGCGUCCCGGGAGGAGGCCGCCAAGGUGGAAAGCAGCAGCGAGGAUUCGGAGGGGAAGAGUCCUGAUGAAGCAGAGCUGGAGAGCGGCUGGGCUUGCCAGCGCUGCACGCUGCACAACACGCCGGUGGCCAGCUCCUGCUCGGCCUGUGGUGGGCCACGCAAGCUCUCCCUGCCCAAGAUCCCACCAGAGGCGCUGGUCGUCCCUGAAGUCAUCACCCCUGCGGGCUUUCACAUGGCCCCCUCCACCCCGCAGCCUUUGGUCCCUGCAGAGGUCUCUGAUGGCGACGCCGUGGCCGCCCAGGGCCCGGUGGCUAUGGAACAAGAGGCCCAGAAGAUGCCGGCCUUCAGUCCCUUCUCCCCAGGGCUCCAGAACAACCCCGUGCCCCGAAGCCGCCGGGAGGUGCCCCCGCAGCUGCAGAUGCCGGGGCCCGAAGCGCCGCAGCCCGGGGCUCAGAGCGCGGCGGGGCAGAAGGGCUCCCCGCAGGGUCAGGCCCGGGCCGCCCCGGCUGCCCGCUUCCAGGAGCUGCUGUCCAACAAGCGGCUGAGCGUGCUGGAGGAGGAGAUGGAGGUCAGCCCGUCCCACUGGAAGUGCAGCACCUGCUCCCUGCUCAACUCCUCCGGCACCAGCAAAUGCGAGGCCUGCAGCACGCAGAAAGGCAGCGACACCAUCAACUUGGUGGGGGACUUGGUGAGGUUCACCCCCUGCAGCCCCUCCAGCCCCGACUUCACCACCUGGUCCUGUUCCAAGUGCACCCUCAAGAACCCCACCGUGGCCCAGAAGUGCAAAGCCUGCGGCUCCUCCAAGCUGCACGGCUUCCAGGAGCACGGCGCGCAGGGCGAGCCGCCCCCCCGCUGCCCCGAGUGCGGGGCUUGCGACAAGGGCGGCUGCUCCUCCUGCGGCAGCAAGGCCCCCUCCGCCCGCAAGGUCGCCCGCCUCUUCCCGUCCCCGCUGCCCGGAGCCCAGGACAGGCCGGGCCAGUGGGCUUGUCCCGCCUGCACCCUGCUCAACGAGCUGAAGGCCAAGCACUGCGCGGCCUGCCACACCCCGCAGCAGUACGUGGCCCAGCGCAAGGGCCUCAAGGCCCUCAAGAGGAGGGAGAGCAUGCACGUGGAGAAGAGGAGGCAGACGGACGAAGGAGAGGCCAAAGCCCUGUGGGAGAACAUCGUGACCUUCUGCAGGGAGAACAAAGUCAAUUUUGUAGAUGACAGUUUCCACCCUGGGCCCAAGUCUGUGGGAUUCCCGGAAGGUGACAGCGUGCAGCAGCGGGUGAAGCAGUGGCUGCGACCCCACGAAAUCAACUGUAGCAUCUUCAAAGACCGAUUGUUGAAGUGGUCGGUGUUCCGGACGCCCAGGUCCUCUGAUAUCCUCCAGGGACUGCUGGGAAACUGCUGGUUCCUGAGCGCCCUGGCCGUGCUGGCCGAGCGGCCGGAGCUGGUGGAGAGGGUGAUGAUCACGCGGACGCUGUGCCCCGAGGGCGCCUACCAGGUGCGGCUGUGCAAGGACGGCACGUGGACCACGGUGCUGGUGGACGACAUGCUGCCCUGCGACGAGUGCGGCUACCUCCUCUUCUCGCAGGCCCAGAGGAAGCAGCUGUGGGUCGCCCUCAUUGAGAAGGCGCUGGCCAAGCUUCACGGUUCGUACUUUGCCCUCCAGGCGGGGCGUGCUAUCGAAGGCCUGGCUACACUAACAGGUGCCCCCUGCGAGAGCCUGAUGCUGCAGGUCAGCUCCACUAACCCCCGCGAGGAGCCCAUUGACACUGACCUCAUCUGGGCCAAAAUGCUGAGUUCUAAGGAGGCUGGGUUCCUCAUGGGCGCGUCCUGCGGCGGGGGCAACAUGAAAGUGGACGACGUGGCCUACGAGAGCAUGGGUCUCCGUCCACGGCAUGCCUACUCCAUCCUGGACCUGCGGGACGUCCAAGGCUUCAGACUACUGCGGCUCCGAAACCCCUGGGGCCGCUUCUCCUGGAACGGCAGCUGGUCCGACGAGUGGCCCCACUGGCCUGCUCCCCUCCGUCAUGACCUGAUGCCCCAUGACAACAGCGAGGGGGUCUUCUGGAUGGAGUACAGCGAUUUCAUUAAGUAUUUUGACUCCGUGGAUAUCUGCAAGCUCCAUUCAGACUGGCACGAGGUGCGUGUGCAGGGCAUGUUCCCCAACAAGGCCAACGGGCCGGUGACGGUGACAUCGCUGACGGUGUUGGAGCGUGCCGCCCUGGAGUUUGCCCUCUUCCAGGAGGGCAGCAGACGGUCGGACACGGUGGACAGCCACUUGCUGGAUCUGUGCAUCAUGGUUUUCCGGGCCACCUUCACCAGUGGCAACAAGCUGAGCCUGGGCCGGCUGAUGGCUCACAGCAAACGGGCCGUCAAGAAGUUCGUCAACUGCGACGUCAUGCUGGAGCCGGGCGAGUACGCCGUCGUGUGCUGUGCCUUCAACCACUGGAGCACUGUGCUGGCCGGCCCCGCCGCCGCCCAGGCGUCCAGUCCCACCAGCAGCCGGCCGGCCACCGAUUACUCCAGCUAUAUCCUGGCCAUCUACAGCUCGCGCCAGGUGAUGGUGGAGCAGAUGGAGGCGCAGCCCACCACGCUGGCAGAUGCCAUCAUCCUGCUGACCGAGAACAAGGGCGAGCGCCACGAGGGCCGCGAGGGGAUGACGUGCUACUACUUGACGCAUGGCUGGGCAGGGCUCAUCGUGGUGGUGGAGAACCGGCACCCCAAAUCCUAUCUGCACGUCCAAUGCGACUGCACCGACAGCUUCAACGUCGUCUCUACACGUGGCAGCCUCAAAACGCAGGACAGCGUCCCUCCCCUGCACAGGCAGGUGCUGGUGAUCCUCUCCCAGCUGGAGGGUAACGCCGGCUUCUCCAUCACCCACCGCCUGGCGCACCGCAAAGCCACCCAGGCCUUCCUCAACGACUGGAUGUCGACGAAAGGCACCCACAACCCGCUGCUCACACCCGAGGUCGCCGGGCUCCAUGGGCCCCGGCCCCUAUGACGAAACGCUGCCCCCCCCCUGCUCCUCUCCCCUGUGAUUUUCACCCAGCCUCUGGCCUGGGGCUGCCCCCGAGCUGUCGGCGCUGAGCCGCGGGGCAGAGCCUGAGCAUCACACCGAGCACUUUGCCCUCUCAGGGCCAGGACCAGCUCUGCCGGCCGCCCCCCACGGCACUUUACGAGGAGCAGCUGGGGGCACGGGGCCAUCUCAGGAUCCCACCUGCCCCAUACCCCGCUGGGGCCGGUGCCCUCGGCCAGCCCUGGGCACCCAGCAUGGCAGUGGGGGGCUGCAGGAGAGGAGGGGCUGGAGGUUGCUGUCAAUGCCCUUCCCAGGCACCACGCUCAGGACUCUGCCCCCUCCUGCGGUGCCGGGGCCCUGGCGCUGCAAAAAAAACAACAACAACAAAAAAGAAUAUACCUCUAAUGUCUGUCCGUCUGUGUGACCCUCCGUCUGUCCCUGGGCCCUUCCCACUGUCUCGUCCCCCCUGUUGUCUGCUGCCAGGACUGAGUGGGCACCGAGGCACCGCAGCUGGGCCGGGGGUGGUGACCCCCACCCCGUGCCGGGGCUGGGAAGGGCACUGGGUUGUCGCAGAAAGCUGUUGCUGUCGGUUUUCACCACACCUCGGGACGAAAUGAAGACAUGCGCUUCCCCACCCCUGCUCCGGGGUCGCGAGCAGGGCUGGGGGCGAUGCUCCGUCCCCCCCCCAUCUCAUCGCAGUGUUACUAUGCAAAGGCGGCCGCUGGAAGCAGCGCCUGGAGAGAAGCCAUGCGGCCCCAGCGGGGCUCGGCCCCCCGCGCUGCCCUGGGGGAUCUCCCCCCACCAUCCCCUGCCCUGCGGAGGUGCGGGGCGAGGGGCAGCAGCGGUGCCACGGGGCAGCAGGGACAGAGCCGGGGUCCGGAGAGCAGCACCCAGGGGGUGGCUCUGCCACGUGGCCCUGCCCCAGGGAGACGGGGAGUGAUUUUGGGGGGGAGGCAGCAGUGGGCCCCAUCCUUCGGAGGGGUGGCAGGCGGCACAAGGCGAAGGUUUGUAAGAACCUUGGGUCCUGCUGCAUCCCUGCAGGGGCUUCGUGGCGAGGCUGACCUCGUGUUCGUCGGGCUUGGCAUGGGUGUGUGUCUGUGUGCUCGUCUGCUGGGGUCCACCAGUGCUGCCCCCCCCACCCCGGGCCCCACUGGGGGCAGGGGGGAGAUGCUGGGGGGCUCCGUGCUGGGGGGCAGCCUGUGACAGCAGGGGCUGCGUGGGUCUGUCUGGCCUGUCCGUCUGUCCCCUCCCAGCCCUGAGGUGCUGGGGCAGGGGCUGGGGAAUGCUGAGCCAAGCUCUGGCUGUGGUUAUUUUUGUUCAUUGCUCUGUUUUCUCUCUUCCCCGCUCCUUCCUCCUCGGGAUGAUUUGUCCUUCACUUUUUCUCUCUGUCUUUGUGAGCUGUGAAUAUUUUUAACCCUGUAAAUACUGUCCAGCUCUUAAGAAACAUAGGAUAUUUUAUCAAUUGUAAAUCAGAUCAGUACUCCCUGUAUGAUAUGAAUUAUCCAUGGGUGGUUUUCAAACUCAGGUUCUGACGGACCAAAUAAAGUUUUGUUUUUUACUGA